UACACGUAAUGGUCCUUUGAGGCGCGACGGACCAGAAAGCGAACUGGUGGCGACGUCAGAUUCGUCACAAUGAUACGAUAUUUGGUCACUUUUGCUGGGUUCGUGGUCUCUGUCGUGGGAUAUGGUGAAGAUCCUCGGGUGGGCCGCUCUCGAGGGGCCCCGCUGCCCGGGACCCUGAGCUCAGUCGGCGGCGGUGGUGAGGAGUCGCCCCCAAUCUACCGGCCCGGCAGUCAAGCGUACGUUGUCUCCCAAUUCGUGAAACCAAAACCGCCGCAUCAAUACUGGGAAGAAGAAACGUCUCUGACCAUUAUCCCUGAGAACAAGAAUUGUCUUCUGUGUGAGGCACAGGACACUGGUGCUUGUAGGGCCAUGCCUUCCUGCGUGUUUUGUGAACCCACUGUCACUGCGCUUUGUGAGAGGAGCACGCCUUGUUUGAGGUGCACUGUAAUUAAGAACCCGUUCUUCAAAUGCAGUCCAGGGGAGAAGUACAUGGACGAAUGUGACUCCUGCCGAUGUACCGACGGACAUAACGGCUGGUGUACCAACCAGUACUGUGAAUUCCGCUCCCUGUACCUGUACGCUAUGAAACUCAGCGACGGCGAGUUCUACUGAUAGUUACUAUAGUUACUGAUGACCGCUAAAUCUACUGGUAGUUGCUAGAUCUACUGAUAUAAAUACUACAAUUUUUAAAA